UAUCCCUGGAUCUGAGCCCAAGCUCACAUCUAGAUUAGAAGAUGCCAGGCUCGGACGAUCUUCCUACAGGCAAGGACCAGUUGCAUUCACACAGGAAGCGAACCAUGUUCACUGAGCAGCAACUGAAAGAUCUGAACAUCUUAUUCGAUGAGAAUCCAUACCCAAACUCCAGCCUUCUGAAAGAAGUGGCCAUGAAAAUAAACAUACCCCCCACAGUACUGCAGGUCUGGUUCAAGAACCGCAGAGCAAAACUCAAGAAAACAAAAUGCAAGCAUCCUGAGCCAAAAGAAGAAACUCCACAACUGCCAGCACCGGAGCGUGAGGUCAGCACCACUGUCGGCCGGAGAAAUGCAGACGCGCUACCCAGACUGCCCAGCAUGGCUCGCCUGAUCGGGCUGGUGUACACGGGCCAUCGGGUACCCUCGUUCCAGCUCAUCUCGUACCCCAACCUCAAGGUCCCUGCACAUGAGCUCCUUGGCCACAGAAUGGUCCAUUUCGGCUGCUGCCAAGAUCCUAACGUAUACUUCCUCUACCCCAUCGUGGAACCCCAAGCUUAUGCUCCAAGCUUCAGUUCUGCUGCUUCUGCCUGUUCAUCUCUACAAAGUCGAGAAAGAUGAUAAAUACAGAAAAAAGUCACAUGUCGUAAUGGUGUGUG